AGCAACUUCUCCAACGUCGCCUCCCUCCUCUGGCACGCCUACGCCGCUCUCCCCGCCCCCUCCUCCUCCGUCAACUGGGCCGGCUUCUACAUCCGCCAGGACAAAUUCCCUUCCCUGAAACCCUCCACCACCACCACCACCACCCCCUCCAAACCCAUCCUCCUCCUCGGUCCCUUCCAAGGUCGUCCCGCAUGUCAGGAGAUUCGCUUCGGGCGGGGCGUGUGCGGCACGGCGGCCGAGAAACGCGAGGCGGUGGUUGUGCCGGAUGUGUUGGAGUUUCCGGGCCAUAUUGCCUGUGAUGCGAGUAGUCGGAGUGAGAUUGUUGUGCCGGUUUUGGUGCGGGGAGAGACGGUUGCGAUUAUCGAUGUGGAUUGUGCGGAGCCGGAUGGGUUUGAUGACGAGGAUAAGAAGUAUUUGGAGGAGUUGGCGGCGUUGUUGGCUGAGUCUUGUGAUUGGUAG